AUGCUGGUCUCCAGAAGGGUUCCAGUGCUCGCCUACCUCUUUCUCGCCUCCGUCAUCGCCCUUCUCGCCUUCAAAUUCCAUCUCUCAACUCUUUCUGAUGGUGGGGUCUUCGACUCGGGUACCCGUCUGCUCGAAGGUCUCAAACGCUCAUUCUUUCCAGAAGACGACCCGACCCCGUUCGAUUUCGCGAUGAACUUUCCGCUGAAACCGGUGAUGAACGUGCGGGAAUACGCGGACAUGAGUCCGUUGCUCCUCGUGCUCGUCACCACAAUUGCGUCCGAGUGGAGAAUGAGACAAGAAGUGAGAAGAUCGUGGGCAAAUUAUACAAGCAGGGCAGUUCGAGUCGAAUUUCUGAUGGGAAGGCCUGUAAGUAUUGUUUUCUGGCGCUUUGAAAACAAGAGAAAGUUCAGUCAGACGAUAAUGUAUCGUUAAUUGAAAUGGAAAACUCCAAAUACAACGAUUUGAUCAUUGCUGACGUGGCAGAAGGAUAUUACAGUUUGGCGGCCAAGACGAUGGCAAUGAUGCUCUACAAAACUAGGUGAACAGAGAAAAGUUUAGCGGUGAUAUCAAACUUUGUAGAUUCUAUCCGGACGCCAAGUGUCUUGUCAAAGCGGACAUUGACAAUGUGCUGAUGCUCAGAAAUUACGAGAGACUCUGCGAAGAAUCAGGUGAGAAUUCAUACCAAAAACGGCGAUUUAAUAUCAUCUUUGCCAGUUGCUCCAUUGAUCCUCGGAAAGUGUGAUGUUCCGCGGACUGUGCUCCGGAACACCACGAAAUGGGCGGUGCCUGACUUUGUCUACUCGGAGCCGGUGUAUCCGACCUACUGCUCCACAGGCACUUAUGUUCUCUCAGGUAUACACAGAUACUGGAUCCAGUUGCUCAUUGAGCCGAUUUCAGGAAAAACUGUCCCCCAGAGACUCAUCAAGGAAGCGAUGCGCAGUCCGUUUUCCAAUUCGCUUAAUUUCCGGUAACUCGCAAGCUUCCACUGCAUUUUCAGCCCUUCAAACGUUUCAGAAAGCUGUCAGAAGACGUGAUAUUCACUGGGAUUCUCGCCGAGAGUGCGGGAAUCCGAAGGCGGCACAUCAACGGACUUUCCUUUUUUGAAAUGCCCGAAUUCUUCUGCCGGAAUGGUUACAAAACGACGUACAGCACACAUUUAGUCAGUGACAAGGAUCCCGCCAAAUACUUUUACAAACUGAGGAAGAUCGAAGGAGUUCUGUGCCGAUGGUGGGAUCCGUUCGCAGUUCGGCGAUGGUAUUAG